AUGGAUGUCCAGGUUAAAGCUCAUCUUUUCAACAGAGCACAACCAAAGCGUGGCCCGAUAGCAAUGGCAAACAACAAAGCAACGAAGAACAGCAAGAAAGAGGAAGAGAAAUUGCCGAAAAAGUCGAUUGCAGACCUUCUCAAGCAGCUAGCUCUAGCAACAUCUGCAAGCAGCGAAGAUGACACAGAGGAGCAAAAACCAAAGCCAAUGAGCGAGUACAAGUUCUGGAAAACACAGCCGGUGACGAAAUUCAACGAGGCUGUGUCCGAGGAGGGCCCGAUCGACCGCCGAGAGGACGUUUCUAAGGUCCCCAAGGAGUCUUAUGCGAUUCUUGAUCUGUUCGAGUGGUCAGACCUGGAUAUAGAGGACGAUAGUGAGAUGAGCGAGCUGUACGAGCUCCUAUACGAGCACUAUGUGGAGGACCACGACUCGACGUUUCGGUUUGCAUAUGGGAAGGCGUUUUUCAACUGGGCGUUGAAGACUCCAGGCUGGAAAAAGCAGUGGCAUCUUGGAGUUCGUGUCAAGAAGACUAAAAAGCUCGUUGCCUUCAUCAGUGCGGUGCCAGCAACGCUCAGAGUGCGUGGCAACACGUUCAAGGCGGUGGAGAUCAACUUCCUCUGCGUGCACAAGCAGUUGCGGAACAAACGGCUCGCCCCGUUGCUGAUUAAAGAGAUUACACGAAGAGUGCACUUGGAAAACGUCUGGCAGGCACUUUACACGUCGGGAACACUGCUCCCAUCUCCGAUAUCGACGUGCCGGUACACCCAUCGGCCGCUCAACUGGGAGAAGUUGUGCGAUGUUGGGUUUUCUGCACUUCCCCUUGGCAAAACACGGGCCCAAAUGGUGGCAAAGUACGCACUUCCGUCGAUUACAAAGUGUACUGGCUUGAGAAGGAUGGAAGUCCGCGACGUGGAUGCUGUGCACAGUCUUUUCACUCAAUUCCAAAAGCGGUACCAGCUGACACAGCUAUUCACCAAGGAGGAGCUUACACAUCUUCUUUUGGGAGAUGACGAGGAGCAGAAGAAGCCGGAUGGUGAAAAAGUCAUCGUCACGUACGUUGUGGAGAACACAGAGAAGAAGAUCACCGACUUCUUUUCGUUCUAUGUUCUUCCGUUCACCGUUUUGAACAACAGUGUGUACAAGAGCUUGGGUGUGGCGUAUCUAUACUACUAUGCGACAGAAACAGGACUAGACAAGCCUAGAUAUGACGCUCAGGCAACGAACGAGUUGAAGAAGAGGCUUGAGAACCUUAUUUCGGAUGCUUUGGUGCUUGCCAAGGGAAUUGGAAUGGAUGUUUUCAAUGCCAUGACAUCUCAGGACAAUGUUCUUUUCCUUGAAGACUUGAAGUUUGGUCCUGGAGACGGAUUCUUGAACUACUAUCUAUUCAACUACAAGGCAUUUCCUGUGGGUGGUGGUUUUGAUUCCCAGACUAGGGAGUACGAACUGGAGAAGAGGAGUGAUGUUGGGGUUGUUAUGUUGUAG